GUCAUCAACCUCUGUGCCCUGAGAGACCCGCUCAGGAAACGUACGAUCUCGGAUAUCCGACGCCUUUUUCCUUCCUCUCUUCAAAAUUGGCGCACCCUGAAGGAUUUCGAUUUUGGAGUGACGGAGAUUCUUCGGUCGCUAGCUUCUUCACUUCUUAUCGUUCUCUCUCAGUUUUUCCCUCUGGAUUUCUUAUUGAGGAUGCGUCGCUCUACAUCCAAGAAAGUGGGUCAAUCCAAUUCUAAUUCCUCCCCCGCCGAUCUCUUCCGCUCUGCUUCAAGUAAAGCAAGCUCCAAAGAAUCAGAGCGGAUUGAUAGUCUGUUUUAUUCAUAUGCCAAUGCUUCUUCUGGUUUGAUUGACCCAGAGGGAAUUGAAGCACUUUGUGCUGAUUUGGAGGUGGAUCAUACUGAUGUGAGGAUAUUGAUGCUUGCAUGGAAAAUGAAAGCUGAGAAGCAAGGAUAUUUUAACAUGGAUGAGUGGAGGAGAGGCCUUAAAGCAUUAAGGGCUGAUACAAUAAGUAAAUUGAAGAAGUCACUUCCUGAUCUAGAAAAAGAGGUCUUGCGGCCAUCAAAUCUUUCUGAUUUCUAUUCUUAUGCAUUCCGAUAUUGUUUAACAGAAGAGAAGCAGAAAAGCAUCGAUAUAGAGAGUGUUUGUGAAUUACUUACUCUUGUAUUGGGUUAUCAAUUUCCAUCCCAAGUCAACUUAUUUGUGGAAUAUUUAAAGACUCAGAGUGAUUACAAGGUCAUAAACAUGGAUCAGUGGAUGGGAUUCUUCCGGUUUUGCAAUGAGAUAAGUUUUCCAGACCUGAGCAACUAUAAUCCAGACCAUGCGUGGCCCUUGGUCCUGGACAAUUUUGUUGAGUGGGUGAGAGAAAAGCAAAAGUAACAACAUGAUUCUCUGCUGAAAACUGCUAUCAUUGAUGAUGAUGAUGAUGAUAGGGUUGAUGAAUCUGUCUUUUAAUCCUUUGAAGAAGACAUCACUUUUUAUUAUAGCUUUCUCUAAAUCUGGAAAAAUCUUGUUACAGCUGCCCCCAUGGAAUGCCAACCCCAAGAUUUUUCCUUCUACAUCGGACUGCCAACUUUAUUCUUAUUCAUUUGUUGGCACUACUUCCAUAUAUAAACAAAGAGAAACUGUCAGAUCACCUAAAACAGAUAUACUGCAUUCCCAUGUGACUCAUCACUCUGUUUUCUCUCUUUCUUUUUUCCUUCUGUUUGGCUUAUCUUCUUGUUGGCCAUUCUUUAAUAUGAAUUAUUGUUUGUUUGAUCCCUUUCAAACUACCAUUUUAUACCAUAUAUGUUGUUGGGAUCGGAUCCUGAUAGUUUCAUACAUGUUUUUACUUGUUGCUAAUAUAGUUUUAUACCAUCAUUCUUGAAAA